CAGUGUCGCCAGCUGUUGCCCCUUUGCGGUUGUAGGGAACGCUCGUCGAUUUUUAAACGAAAGCGAUUUUAAUUUACGCGAAAAUUACAUGCAAACGUCAUAUUCAUAACUCACCAACACGCAUGCGUGUAAAAACGUCAAAUAACAACCAAAGUGCGAUUCUAGUGUGUAAAAUAAGCGCGUGUGUAAACUAAAUAUAAUAAUAGUUUAGUAAAACGUGUUGUGAUGAAAAAAAUGUGUUAAAAUCGUUUUAAAAACAUUUAAAAAUGAGUAAAGAUGUUGGUUUGGACGCGGUGUUACAGGAGUUAGGUUAUUUCGGAAAGUAUAAUAUUGUGAACUAUGCGUUAUUAUUAUUUCCCGUAUAUUUGGCGGGAAUGUAUGGUUCGGCGUUCGUGUUUGAGGCAUCGGAUAUAAAUUACAGAUGCAACAUCACCGAGUGCGAGGGAGUAAACAACAAUACAUGGCUCAAACACGCGAUACCUCUGAAAGAUGGAGAAUUGUCGAAAUGCAAACGAUACCAACACUACAACUACACCGGGUCUUGCAGUAUAGGAGACUUCAACACUUCGGUUAAGGAGGAAUGCCAUAGCUUUGUGUACAGUGAUGAAGAUUCUGCUGUUAAGGAUUUUGAUCUCGGCUGUCAAAAUUGGAAGAGAACUCUCGUCGGCUCCGCUCACAAUGCUGGGCUGUUCCUAUCGCUGCCUCUCACUGGUGUCAUCUCGGACAGAUACGGCAGGAAGCUGGCCCUGGCUGUCGCCUCGCUGAUGAAUGGAGUCUUUGGGUUCCUGAGGUCUUUCUCCUCCAGUUACAUCAUGAUGCUGGUGUUUGAGUUCUUGGAAGCUGGGUUGGGAGCUGGCGCCUAUAGUACUGCUUUUGUUAUAGCGAUGGAGCUUGUGGGACCUAAAGGGAGGGUAUUUGGUAACACCCUCCUAAACGGAGUCUACGUGAUGGGUCUGAUCACUCUGUCCGCCCUCGCGUGGUGGCUGCAGAGCUGGAGGAACCUCCUCCGAGUCAUCUACAUCCCGGCGAUGUUCGUGAUAUCCUACUACUGGAUCCUAAACGAAAGCGUUAGAUGGCUCAUCAGCAAAGGAAGAAACACAGAAGCUGCAGCGAUUCUGAAAAAAGCAGCAAAAAUGAAUCGCGUCGAACUAUCCGAUGAAGUUUUAUCACCUUUAUACGAACUGGAAAAACUUAACACAGAUACAAAUAAUGAAAAAACUAAAGAUGAAUUAGAGUGUAAAGUAGAAGAAAAAACGGAAUCGAAUUUCAUGAAAGUGAUAAAAUCUAGUAUUAUAAGAAAACGUUUAGUGAUAUGUUCGUUUUUGUGGAUUACUUGUACGUUUGUUUAUUACGGGUUGUCUAUUAACUCGGUGUCUUUAGCUGGUAAUAAGUAUGUGAACUUUAUGUUGGUGUCGUUUGUGGAGAUACCAGCGAACUUUGUGUGUUUGUUGGUGUUGGACAGAUUCGGGAGGAAGAAAGUGUUGAUCAUAACUUACGUGUUGAGUGCUUGUUUGUGUAUAGGAUUGUCUUUUCUGCCUAAAGAUCAAAAAUGGUUAUCAUUAGUGUUGUAUCUAUCGGGAAAGUUCUCCAUCACUGUAGCGUAUAGCUCCGUUUACAUCUAUGUGUCGGAAGUGUUUCCGACCAACGUCCGACAGUCGCUGUUGGCCGUUUGCUCCUCGUUGGGCAGGGUCGGGUCAACGUUGGCACCCAUGACGCCGUUACUCAAUCACUACUACCACAAUCUGCCGGCAAUAUUCUUCGGCAGCAUGGCGCUAGUGGCCAGUAUUCUGGUGUUCUCUCUACCGGAGACCAUCAACGUGGCUCUGCCAGACACCGUGGAAGAAGCAGAGAGACUCUCACACAGCAGAAGCAAGAAGGAGCCAGCUUAAUGCAAACAAUUUAUAGUACAAAUUUUUGUAUUGGUACAAAUAUCAAUUUAUAUUUCAACUAGCGGACGCCCGCGACUUCGAUCGCUUUUAGACCUCUUUAAUCCAAUUACUAUCGUAGGUAUCGCUGUUAAAAUGGAGUAACUUCUCCCGUUUUUCCAAAAUUCCCCUUCACUGCUCUGCUCCUAUUGAUCGUAGCGUGAUGAAAAUUAUACUAUAACCUGCCCAGGAGUAUGAAGAAUAAUUGCACCAAGUUUCGUUAAAAUACGUCGAGUAGUUUUUGUUUCUAUAACGAAAAUACAGACAGACAGACAAAAAAUUUACUGAUUGAAUUUUUGGCAUUAGUAUCGAUCACUAAUAACCCGCUGUUACUCGUAGUUAUUUUGGAUAUAUAUUUCAUGUAAAGUAUUGACCUCUCUACAGAUUUAUUAUAAGUAUAGAUUUCUGGUGUGAUUUUAUGAUAUUAUUCAUUUUACAUAUUGUAGCCGAUUUUAUAUCUUAAAAUCCUUUUCCCCACCGCUUGUUGACUUAGAGGAUUAAGACUGCGAUGACCCAUAGUGAGAAUGUUCUUACGUUUUUCUUUUAAUAAUAUAUUAUGGCUUAUCUACACCAUCGUAUGAGCGAUAGCAAGCGAUUCCGAGCUAUGUAAGGCCUGAUCAGUUAUAACCAAGCUUAAUACGAGAUAUAUUCUUUUUUGGACUAUCUAGGGACUAUUGUCAUGAAUAACUUUCUAGGAAGUAUGUACUAAUAAUGACAUAAACAAGAUUUCGGGUUCGAUCCCCGCUCAUUGGACUAUAGUCUUAAGUACUCUUACUACCUUGUAUUCCACUAUUAAUCCCUUUUACCCUAUAAUUAGUUCUAUGGACAGCCAUAUAUUAUAUUAGUUAUAGAUUUAGAACAUAUAUGACAAAAGAAACAGCAUUUUACUAUUAUGAAUAAAAAAUAAUAUUUGACACUGUACUGUAUGGACAGCUAAGCAAUGAUUGACAGCAAGCAAGCGCCAUUUUGUGGUGUUUUUUUUUUGUAUUCUGAGGGUUUUUUAUAAUGGCUGAUGGUGUAGAGGAGCCAUUAGAUUUGUAUUUGUACAAGAUUUACAGAAGAAAAGGGACGCUGUUUUUAAUUCUUUGACUAUUUUUGUUUGUAUUGGGGCCAGCUUAUUAUAAUACUAUUAUUAUACCAUACAGCCGUUUUGUAUAAUUAAAUAGCGAACGUCCAAACACACAAACAUACGCACUUUCACAUUUAUGAUAGUAGGAUACUAAAAUUGUCUACCUCAAUUGAAUAUAUUUUUUUUUAUAUUUUACUAUAUCUAUGUAAUUUAAAUGAUUUUCAAGCACAAGCAUUAUUUUGCAAAAGAUAUUUUUUGAUAUUACAUUAUAUGUAUAAAUAGAUUAUUAUUAACUGUUAUUACUGAAUACUUUCAAUUAAGAAAUUAAAUAAAACGGUGAAGGAAAAACAUCGUGAGGAAACCUGCAUACCAGAGAUUUUUUUUAAUUCUCUGCGUGUGUGAAGUCUGCCAAUCCGCAUUGGGCCAGCGUGGUGGACUAUUGGCCUUACCUCUUAUUCUGAUAGGAGUCUCCUGCUCAGCAGUGAGACGAAUAUGGGUUGUUAAUGAUAAUAGCAGCUAUAAUAUCGAAUACGAUAAUAAACACAAUGUCAUUAUGUAAGAAUUUUGUAUCUACUUAUUACGAUCAUCUUUAACGAUUUUGCUAAAUAAACCUUUAUUAUGCUCAAUUAUUCCUAAUGAAUAAGUAUUAUUAUGUUGUGUAUAUUGUAAAAGUGUAUGUUUUAGUAUUUAUAUAUAUGUAUUUUGUAUUGUGUACCUAAUGUACAAGCUUUAUAAUUACUGUUACUACCUAUUUGAUGAAUUAAAAUGGUACUCCUAUUUCGAUUAUUUUCGUUUAAUAAUAAUUAUACAUUUCGAAAAUC